AUGAGUACCACACCAAUUUCACCACCUGAAAAGGACCCACAGAUAUUCAGCCAGGCAACCUCUUCUUCCCACGCAUCUUCUUCUACCUACUAUUCACGGAUAUCUGUCAAUUCUCUUAAGCAAGCGAUUUUGCAUCUUCUACCACCGAGGCCAAGACACAAGUUGAACGAUGAGGAACAGCAGGCUCAUGCAGAUUCCGAUACGAAUUCUGCACACCAGUCAAUUGCUGAAUCUGAUGAAAGUAGUGAUACCGAGAUAUUUAGUCCGUGUCCCAAGGAUGGUACAAGAGUUCGUACUCUGGAAGCAUGUCCCAAAGGCUACCCCCAAUUAGCUGCCUUCAAAGCUAGUGAACAAAAUUUCAUGCUAUAUCGCAGCUUCAGCUGCGUUCAUGCACGUCUACUUUUGCGGCUCCAGGCAUCGAUCCAAGCUCUGGAAUCCGAACUGGACAGUCUCGAUCGACUGCACAAUGAAACUGCAGAAGGAAGAUCCAGACUCGCUUCGUGGGACAAUGAUGUUGGUGCUUGCGAAGACGAGAAAGCCCAGGGGCUACGCACUCGUGAGACCAUACUGGAAGAACUCAGGAUCAAGGUGAACCAGUACGAUGAGCUUCUCAUCAAGGCGAGAGAACUUGUUGGCUUCCAGCGACCUUCGUCGAGAGACUAUGGCAACGUUUGCAGGUUUUUCCGCAAGGUUGGUCCGGUGGUGGAAGAAGACGAGGAGUAUCUCACGUGGAGAGAAGACAUCAUAACGCUUCGACACGGCCGAGAAUGGGCAGGUUUCGACGGACUCGUGGAGGAACUCCUCCAUAAAUUCGAUGGUCCUCUGAUUCGAUUCUUCUUCUGCACGCCUGCCCAACUCCGCAAAUCAACCGACAAAGAUAUAUAUUACUACUCGCCAACCCGCGUGUCCAAGCUCGUCAACGCUUUCAUCACAAUCGUCAUCUUUGCGCUCCUCGCCGCCCCUGUGCUGAGCAUGUACCAUCUAUCCACGCUAAAGACACACGAGGCGAUUUUCUCCGCGAUAGGCGUGUUGAUGGUCUUCACGCUGCUAUUUGCGGCGGCCAUGGCGGCGCUGACGAAGGCGCGGAGGCAUGAAUUGUUUGCAGCGAGUGCGGCGUACUGUGCUGUGCUUGUGGUAUUUAUAGGAAGCACUGGGUUUAAUUGA